AUGUCUUCUUCACACCAUCAUAACUCUCAAUACCGGAAUAUUCCUCGCGGCAUAUCCCGCCCUUUGGCCCGGCUUGACGCGCGACAUCAGUCUGUGGGACUCCAUUCUCAUGGUCCAGAAGUCCGCGAGUCCUCCUUGUUCGUGGAAGACGGCAAGGGUGAUCGGCAAAACUUAACGUAUGGGUCACUUGAUCGACGUGCGAUUCCGCGCUAUCGACCGGCCGGUCAUGGUGGGCUACUCGGGUUGGGUCCGAACUAUCGAAUAGUUUCAAGGUCAGAGUCUCAACUGGAGGUGGAAAAUGUCGAGUAUGAUUCCAUACGAAGGUCUCGUCGACAGUCUCUGCUCGAGAACCUUUCCGAUGACGAUGGAGCGGUGGAGAGUGUUCUGUCCGGAGUGAGCAACGAAUCAGAUCUGCGCGAAGACUUUCUGAGCGUCGACUAUGGACAUCCAAGAAAAAGGAGGCGGAUGUUGGCGGGACGGGAGCAGGCAACUGUGGAAGACGACGAUAGUGAGGAGUCAGACCCCGACGGCCCGGCGCUGGCACAGUCCAAGGAUGCUUUCGAUGAGUUCAAACAGAACCCCAUCCAUCAGCGCCAUAUUGAACUCUUGAGAGCAACCGAAGCUCGACCCGAGGAUGCGUCGGCAUGGCUUACGCUGAUAGAGUACCAACCCAUCCUCUUGGGUGAGGACGGGGGUUCCCGCAGCUCCGCUUCCUUCUCGUCAAGGACUGUGGUCGACCUCAAAAUCUCGCUAUAUGAAGAAGCAUUGUCACGUGUUAAGGGGCAAGAAGCUCGAAAUUCUUUGAUCCUAGGUCUCAUGAAGGAAGGGAGGAAGAUUUGGGAUGCAGAUAAACAGGCUUCCAAAUGGCGCACCUUCCUCAACGAGGAUGCUUCGUUCGAUCUAUGGCGGCUUUACCUGAACUUCGUCCAAACCAAUCACGUCAAAUUCAGCUUUGAAUCAUGUUUAGGAAUCUACAAGCAAUGGCUUCAAAGGGCCAACAAUUCGUCAUCAGACCGCGCGAGAGAUACCAGCUGCAUAUACAUCCUUUUACGCUUGACCUUGUUUCUUUGGCAAUCUGGGUUCACCGAACGCGCGGUUGGGAUUUGGCAGGCGCUUCUCGAGUUCAAUUACUUUCGCCCACGGAAUACCCCCUCAACUGACCUCAUACCAUCCUUUGAGCAAUUCUGGGCAAGCGAGGUUGCGCGAAUAGGGGAGGAGGGUUCGGCAGGAUGGCGAUCAAAUACAAGCAGUGAGCUCGAGGUGAGGAGCGACAAAGCAUUCCAAGUGCAGCAUAUGGAUUUCGAAGCCUGGGCUGCUGCUGAAGAUGACCUUGAAAGAACCGCCGGCUUGCCUGCAAGAGCUCUAGAUGACGUCUGCGAGGAUGACCCUUAUCGCGUUCUUCUCUUCUCGGACAUUCAAGACUUCCUCUUGUCGCCGAUCACAGAAGAGGGCACGUGGCUUAUGCAGGACGCCUUUUUAUUAUUUGCAGGGCUUUCGCCACUAUCAUCACUACCUGAGUCCAGGGCCUGGCAACGAGACCCUUUCGUUCAUAGCCAGUCGCCUGCAUGCGGCAUCUCUGUGGGACAUGCUGGUCGUGAAGAGAGCAAUUUCGGACUGCAGAUGCGCUUUCAAGACGUCUUUUUAGUGUCUCGGCAAUUGAACGACGAUGCACAUGGCAUUUUACUCUCUUCCCCGUCAAGACUCAUCAGUUCUUCUCUCAGCUUUGUUCGCCGAGUCCUAUCUCUUCUCGUGGGACUGGAUUCUGACGAGGAACCAGGCGAAUUGCAUAUGGAAUAUGCCAUCGCAUUGGAAGCUGGAGUAGAUCUGAAAUCGGCCAGAAAACAGACGAGGAAAUUCCUUAAGCACAAAGCUGACAGCUUGAAACUCUACAACACAUAUGGGCUGCUUGAGUGCCACCUAGACAACCUCGAAGGUGCUGAAAAGGUUUGGUCAACAGCCCUAUCGAUGCGAUAUUCGCUAAGCCAAGAAGUGCAAAUUGAUUCAUUCCUUCUGUGGCGUGACUGGGCAUACUCGUACAUGCGCCGAAGGCAUUUUCAUCACGCCAGGGCUCUGCUAUGUCUGAUGACAGAAGAGCAAGUGGACCUGAUACGGCUUCGAAAAACAAUCGAAUCCACUAUUGAAUCAUCUGCUGCCACGCAGCUCAAGACCGAACAAUACAUCAAGACACACAUCGAUCAGGCCCGUUCCCAGAACCGACCAGAGCAAUUACCGGCGCUGGUCGACGUCCUGGUAGUUCAUAGGUACCUCAAUGCUGACCUGUCCCUUGAAGUAGCCCUACAAACAUACCACGCAGCUCUGAGGUCUUUCGCUGGUCUGUCGACAAUACCUUCAGCCGUCCUCGAAGCUGUGCACGAGCAGCAGGCCCGGUUUAUCCACGCUCAUGCUGUGACGUUUGGAAGGAGCUUCAGGCCACGUGAACUCGUCCCCGUUCUGAAAGAGUCCAAGGAAAGGUUUCCCAAUAAUCUCAACCUCUUACUGCUCCAUCACUAUUUCCUUCAGAAGGCCGGAUUGUUUGACCGGUUGCGGCAGGUCGAUUCCAAAGCAGAUUCACACCGAGAUGUGCAACUCGACCAAAGCGUCGUUCCUUCUGUGUUUGAAUUGAUGCUGGAGCUCAACAGACCGUCGUACAGCGGGAGCACAGACCACACAAUUCGCUCUGCAUUCGAGCGAGUGACUCAGCCGGGGUCUCCUGGCCAUGACAGUCUGCAGAUAUGGAAAACAUAUGUUCUGUGGGAAACAUCACUGACUCAAUUCCAUGGACACUUGAAACUAGGGGGCAAGAGAUCCACAAGGCGUGAAGAGGCCGUAUACAGACAGGCGACAACAGCAAUCCAGUCCUUUUAUGCGGCGCUACGGGCAUGCCCGUGGUCCAAAGAACUCUGCAUGCUGGGAUUUACGCAGCCAGUGCUCAGAGAUGCAAUUGGCAAUGCCAAACUCAAGCAGGUGUAUCAGACCAUGCUAGAUAGGGGUAUGCGGGUGCACCUUGACAUAUCAGAUACACUGCUCGACCAAGCUCUGAAGAUUGUGAGGAUAUUCCUGCAGCUGGUUGCCUGUGCGCUUGUCGCCCAUGGAAGUGACUUCGGUCUCUUUAAACCUCUUCCCACGCCAGCCGCAAUGACCUCCACCUUCGCCGCCCAGCUGCGCACGAUAGCCGCAAACUCUACGAGCGAACUCGACCUCCGUGCCCGACGAGAUGCACACGGCGAAUCCCUCAUAUUCGCCCGUACUGUGGCGGUCAAGCAAGAUUGGGAAACAAUAUACCAAGUAUGCGUGGAAGGUUACCAGGAGCUCUGCCUGCUGGACGCCAGACUGCACGAAUUCGGACAGAAUCUCUUCAGUGCACAGUCCAAAUCGCAGGAUAGAGAGCAGCUCAGCAAGACACAGAACGAAGCGCUGGGACUCGUAUUAGAUCGAUGCCUGACUCUCCUUGGAUCCAAGGUGGCGCUUCGACCGGGCCUGAAAGCUGUGGAAUGGCUUGUGCGAAGAUUUCGAGUUCAUGUCUACAACACGGAUGCCCUUCUCGCCACAUUUUUACCAUACCAUGAAACACCAGUGUUUCGCAAUAUCUUGAGUAUCAUUCCAACAGACAGGCUUGCCACCAGGUGGAAAUUUCUGGCCGCGUAUCAUAGAGAGCCAGCCAUUGUUCCUCGACAUGUCGUCGUAUACACCGCUACUCACAACGACGCCUUUUUCUCCUUCUUCAACGACUACACUUUGCACGCGUGCCAGGAAGGUGCCGCCCACUCACAACUCUUACGUUUUUGGGGCAGCUUUGUUGUCGAAGCCAUCACUGGAAGAUUGAGCCAGGUCAGAAAUGGGAGAAAGGAAGUGCAGAAACAGCAGACAGAAGAUGCGUUAUUGAAGAUUUUACCGCUGCUCAACGAAGGGUUCGAAAUCAAAGACAACCCUGAAUUCACAGUCACCUGUUUCACCAUCACCCUCGUAUUGGCAGGCGGCGCAGAUCUUGGAGACCAUGUCAUUGACUCGUUGAUGAAAUCCAUUGCCCCAUUCAUCGCUGACGAGGCAUCCGAUUCCAGAUCGGCUCUGGCAUGUUUAGCUAUUCUAGUCACAAAGAAGACCGAUAUGAGAGUUCCGAGAGACGUUCUCGACAUAUUCAUGAACGCCAGUGAUCCAGGGCGGCGGAUGUCCGAAUUGCUUCAGUUGGUACCCUUGGCUGCGUUGUUCGUGGCCAUAAUCAGCUCAGCGCUCUCCGGACUGAAGGAAAAGAACAUGGACAGAAGGCUGCAAUUUAUCGAACGUAUGUUUGACGCCGCCCAGGACCAUUUUACAUCGGCAACAAAAAGUCAGCUCCUUGCCACUUUGCUUCGGAAGCUUUCCUCGACAGACUCCACACUUUCACCGGGGUCGAUUUGCUGGACACGGCUAGUACGUUUGCUCCAGUCGUUGGCUGACUCUUCCAAGUUCUCGUCGUCUUUCCCUCAGGCAGUGUUUUUGGCCGGCCUCUCUCAGUCGGAAGUCGAAGAUCUUGUACAACAGACCAUCCAAUACUCCGACCGACCACUCCUUGAACAAACACGUAUGGAAGUUGACCCUGCUGUGGAUGAGUCAACACACAACUCAAAGGAGGCCGAAGCGAUGCUUGAAUCCCUGCCUUCUGAAACUGAGAUAUCCUCAUUCCUCACCGUUGGAAAUCGCUCCCUACUGUUCGACCAACUUGUUCGAACUUUCGCGGUAUGCCACAAGAACAAUCAGCUCUUGGAACGAUUUGAACAAAUACCACUCUGGCACAAGCAAAAAGGAGGGCUUUCUGUUUUGCAUCUCAGCUUCAUGUUGAGGGUGGCCUUAGGACCUUUUCCCGUCGCUCAUCGCAAUACUGCUCUUCAGCUUCUGUUGGACGUCAUCAAAAAGGGGUCACCGAACCAGCUGGAGUCGCUGAUUCCUUUCAUCACUGUCCUCCUUUCUGACAAUAGCCAACAUGUGCGACGAGCCGCCGUCGCAUGUACUGUGGCCAUCCACAAGGCUGCCUCCAAAGAAGAAAACGGGGAGGCACAUCCGGCCCAAACACUCUACGAUGCACUUGGUAUACGAAACGUCAAACCUUUGGUGUCUACACAAGCUGUAAAGAUUCUGGAUCAAGCGUACUUGCCUUAUCUGGAGGAAUGCAUGUUGGAUCCGUCCUACAUACGCACAAUUCUUCAAACCGCCUUUGACAAGCAUGACCGAACUCCCUUGUUAAAAGCGAACGAUGUUGAACUUAAGAAGAACACGAAGCAUGCGCUCUAUGAUUUACUAACGGGCUGUGCGUUAGGAUGUGCUUUGCUACGGGUCAAGAUAGGCAUCCUCGAGCUGCUUGGCGACGUCCACAAAGUUGGCGCCUCUACCACCAGCAAAAUUCUGUCGCCCAUCCUGGAAGCCUGGGCAUCAUUGGAAGAAAGUGACGCCGUAGAUGCCGCAUCAUCAGAGGGCCUUCCUUUGGAUCAAAUCGAUGCCGUGAUGGUUCGCUUCGCGAACCCGCGAGACAAGGAUGCUGUUGAGCAUAUUCUGGGAUGGCUUGUUGAAGAUAAAGUCCAGCCGCGCAAUGCUCUGGUCAAUGCCUUUUUCGACAGGAUUGCUGUUAUCUGGAAGGAUAUGCACAACGAGUCACAAACGUUCACGGCUCUGCGCUUAUUUGACAUGUCAUUUUCCAAGAACCCGGCGUAUGCUGCUGGAAGCCGUCACGUUCUGCACAUGGUCAACCUCUCUACCAAGGUUCUCGCUGUCAUACUGGACCACUCAUUCUCUGGGCUUGCUGAGAUGCAAACAGACGUCCCACCCAGGAAACGACGUCGUGUCAGCCAUGGACGAGAAAGUAUACCAAAGGAUCUAGCAAUCGAACUAGAUAUCAGUGAGUCAAGAUUGACUUUUGCACUAGAACUCGUCGAAGAUUCCAAACCACAGAGCCACCCACAAUUGCUCGGGGGCUUGUUCGAGGUGUUGAUCAUCCUCAGACGGCUCAAGGACAAGGGCACGUCUGAAUCUCCGUACCUUCUCCACCUCUGCCUCAGCAGCAUUUUGGCGAUCAUCGAGAACGCGCAAACUUCACCAAGGCCUACCAUUGAUUUCUCUAGCAUUCGUACCGACUUGGUCACCGACUGCGUCCGAUCGUCAGAAAACCCGCAGGUCCAAAGUACUGCUCUGCUUCUUUCUUCGGCUCUGGCAUCUUUGGCUCCGGAUCGGAUAUUGCAUAGCAUUAUGCCCAUCUUCACAUUCAUGGGUAAAAGUAUAUUGUCGAAGGAUGACGAACGCUCAAUUUUCGUGACAAAUCGAGCAAUCGACGAAAUCAUUCCACCUUUGGUUGCCACAUUGAAAAAGCAAGAUGCCAAAAAACUGAUCCAUUCGACUUCCAGUUUGCUCUCCAGCUUCGUCACAGCAUACGAUCACGUUCCCCAAUAUCGGAGGGCCGCGUUCUACCAACGGCUCCUCAGCAGGCUGGGCGCUGAUGAUUUUGCGUUUGCAGUCAUUGCUCUUCUUGCGUCAAGGCGCCAUCCAGAAGAUAUGUCUUCGUUCUUUGCCAGCUUAAUGGCGGACCUUUCGGCACCGACUCAGUUGAUGACGUUCAGGAAACUUAUCGAUCUGAGUAUUGAUAUCUUCUCUGAUGAUCCUCACGAUGCUGCUCCGUUACUAGAUAUUAGCGGGACCAGUUCGAACAAGAAGAGGGAGCAAGAAGCACUAAUCCUUCUUGAAGUGGCUUCGAAGCUGCUAGAACCAAAGAGUCUAAAGACGCAGGUAAAACGACUUUCAAAGACCGACGACGCAGAAAACAAAGCCUUCUGGGCAGAGUUCGAAGCCUGCAUGACCCGCAUCCUGAGCAUGCUCAAAUCCCAGAAGGCCGUCCACGCCAAUCUGACUCCGUCGACGAGGAAGUGUUUGAGCUCGCUUCUUGACCUACCUUUCCUGGCCGACCUUCUCAAGAUCAUGCCCAAUCUCCUGCACGACAUGGUCCAGCCCGGGGAAGGCCAGCAGGAGCUUCAGCCUUUGGCGCUUCGAGUGCUUGCAACACAACUUCAACAUAAUGCUCCGAGCUCAAGGGAUGCCAGGACGCAGGCCGAAGCAAUGACAUUUCUCCCUAACCUGCAGCACAUUAUCCGCACCACCGAUGAUGAGGCGUUCAGGCAUGCGGCGAUUGCAUGUCUCGAUCGCAUCAUAGAGGUUUAUGGACGAAAGAAGCCGGAAGAGGCCAUUAGCGCAUCCUCCGCGUUGAUUGAGGGUAAUCUCGGGCUGGAAUCCCAUAAUGAAAGGACGAGGAUCAUGUCUCUGCUCUGUCUUGCGAGCACGACGGAGGUGCUUAAGGGAGGAAGUGUCCGGAUCGUGGUGCAAGCCCUGCCUAAAGUGUUGCGUCUGUUGGAUUCGUUCUUGACCGAAGACAGCGCCGGGGAAGGGCGCGUGGAGCUUCACGACGCUUGCUUCGCACUCCUUUCUUCGUUCAUCACCCACACGCCCUACAUGAUCGGUGACGAAAGUGUUGCUGAUAUCCUCAGUCUCUCCUACCGUUCGUGCCUCGCCGGUCCGGACGCGGGGUCACGAAGAGAGGCCCGGCUAGAGAUGCUGAGCCUGAUGGCGCAGCGAAUGGACUUGAAAACCGUCGUGAGUAGCUUGAACCAGGCCUGGAAAUCGACAGUGGUCUCGGGCGGGAAGAUUGAGGGCGACGCCAUCGCUGAGUAUCUUGAUAUGCUUUCCCAGGCGAUUGAGCGAAACUCGAAAUCUACUGUCGUAGGUGCCGCCGAUGAGAUAUCGGCUUUCGUGUUGGAGGUCAUGGAUCUCCGACGGCUCAGUCGAAUCAAGGACGGUGCCGGAGCCGCCACCGUCGCGGGUAUUGAGAAUGUGGAAAAGAAAUUGCACGAGUUGGGAAUUGUGUUCAUUUACAAACUCAAUGACACAACCUUCCGUCCCAUCUUUGAGGGAUGGGUGGACUGGGCGACCAAGAGAAGUCCCGAGGCUUGCUCUUCUGCUGGAGCGAGCGUACAGAUGGCCAGGCAAACAAGCUUCUACCUCUUCGCGACGCAUUUCUUUGCGACGCUAAAGAGUAUCGUGACGAGCUACGCACGCUACCUCCUUCCUUCGGUGAACGACAUCCUCCGGGCCGCGGCCCAUAACGUCUCCUCGCCUGUCCCUGGAAUGAAGGUCGACUCCAUCGACCGAAAUGCGGAUGCAAAGCCUUCCCUUCACGUUGACCUGUCCGAGGACAGUGGUCUGCAGCUGUACAAGUCGACCCUGACUCUGCUGACGACCAUCGAAACCCACGACGCGGAUGGAUUCUUCACUUCGCCGAUGCACUUCCAGCCCCUUACCGAUCUUCUGGUCAGCCAAUUGGGCCUGCUUGCCUCCUCUCCUCAGUCCAGGUUCAAUGCGACACCCAAGACCAAGGCCAAGGCCAAAGGUCAGGCCACAGCCGCCUCGCUGCACACCGUGGUCUUCGACAUGGUGAUCCCGUGCAUCGUUGCGCUCGCGAACUCGGUGCAAGACGUCCCUACCCACCACCACGCGCUGAACCACCUGCUCUGCCAGCUGCGUCGCAGUCCGUGGGCCGCCGUGCGCCUGGCCAGUAUCCGCACGCAGGUGGCACUGACCGAGUCCCCAGACGUCGGCGACGAGUGGCUCCAGAACGUCGUCCUGGGUGGCGGCAGCGGCGGGGGCCAGUCGAGCAAUGGUGCCGGUGCUGCGGCCGAAGGUGGUGGUGGCGUCGCCGUCGGUGGUGCCGGCGAGACCAUGAUCUACGUCUACGAGAUGCUCGAGGAUGACGACGAGGAGGUCGAGGAGGCCGUGCGGGACUGGGUCCGGAUGGCGCGGGACCGCGUCGGGGAGGACGUAUUUGAAUUCUAA